ACGUCGGGUGACGAUCCCGGAGUGGGAUUGUCUACUGUUAUAUUAAACAAAUACUGGUGAAGACUAGUGUCUGGGGACCGAGCACUAACAAAAGCCGAAAGAUGAAUAUGUGGAGAUCCGGAGGGAUACCCCUGAGCGCGCUCUGCCCCAAGUAUCUCCAUUCGAACUCCACCAGCCACACCUGGCCGUUCAGCGCCGUCGCGGAGCUAAUCGACAAUGCAUACGACCCAGAUGUCAUGGCCAAGCAGUUCUGGAUUGACUGGACUCGGAUACAGGGGUUCGAUUGCCUUACAUUUCAGGACAAUGGGAGCGGUAUGACCAAGAGCAAGAUGCAUGAGAUGCUGAGUUUCGGGUUCAGCGAUAAGCAAGCUGUCAGAGGCCACGUCCCAGUGGGCAUGUAUGGAAAUGGCUUCAAGUCCAGCUCUAUGCGUCUGGGGAAGGACGCCAUCGUCUUCUCCAAGAUAAGGGACACUAUGAGUGUGGGGCUGCUGUCCCAGAGCUACCUGGAGAACAUCCAGGCCAAGCAUGUGGUGGUCCCCAUCGUCACCAUCGGACACGAUGGGCAGAGCCCAGUUGAGGAUGCAGCCAGUCUGCAAGACAUUCUCAAACACUCCCCCUUCAACACAGCAGAGGAGCUCCUCACUGAGCUGAGGGCCAUUACCUCCAUCAACUCUACCGGCACACGCAUCAUAAUCUGGAACCUGCGCAGAGGCGCGAAUGGAGAGACGGAGUUUGAUCUCAGCACGGACAGGUAUGACAUCCGGAUCCCGGAAGAUGCGUGUGAGACCCACAAGAACCAAAAAGUCACACAGUCAGUACCGGAGAUCAUCUACUCACUGCGUGCGUACUGCAGCAUCUUGUACUUAAAGCCUCGCAUGCAGAUCAUCAUCAGAGGUCAGAAGGUGAAGACGCAGCUCAUCUCCAAGAGUCUGGCAUUAACCCGCAAAGACCAAUAUAAACCUGUCUUCCUUAAGGAACGCAUCCCAAUCACCUUUGGAUACAACAUUAAAAGCAAGAAUCAUUACGGCAUGAUGAUGUACCAUAAAAACCGUCUAAUCAAGGCAUUUGAGAGGGUGGGCUGCCAGUGCAAGGGUGGUUACCGGGGUGUCGGAGUGAUCGGUGUUAUCGAAUGCAACUUUCUGCAGCCCACACACAACAAGCAGAACUUUGAUGACACUGAUGAAUACAGGAAAAUUAUGGGUAACCUGGCAGUGAAGCUGGAAGAGUACUGGGAUGAAAUCCAGUACAAGCGUAAGAACUGCUCAGUACCAACAGAAGAUACUGUGAAGGCUCCUGAUCAGAAUUGGGUACAGUGUGAUGACUGUCUGAAGUGGAGAAGGCUCCCAGAUGGUAUCAACUGUGACCUGCUCCCUGAUAAGUGGUUCUGCCGCAUGAAUCCAGAUCCCCAGUACAGGAGCUGUCAAGUAGACGAGGAACCUGAGCAUUCAGAAAACGAGCAGCAGUGUGACCCAAAACCUUUCAAGAAACAGAAGAAAAUGAUAAAGAUGCAGGAGAAAAAGGACCAACAACAGAUGUCAGCACCAGUGUUACCCCUUCCAGCCACACCAUUGUCAGACAGUGAGCAGUGGGGACCUGCAGAGGGCGCUCCCGCUGGCCUCUCAUCUGAGAGCUUCACCCAUCCCAGCUGCUCAGGUCACAACCUGCCCAAUGAUACCAUGCUGAUGGACUGUGAAGACCAUGUGUCCACAUCUCUGAAAAGAAAGAUAAACAGCAACAUGCAACAGAAAAAGACCAAACUGAUGUCAGCACCAGAAUCACACCUUCCAGCCACACCAUUGUCAGGUAGUGAGUGGCGGAGCUUCACUCAUCCCAGCUUCUCAGGUGACAUCCUGCCUCAUGAUACCAUGCUGAUGGACUGUGAAGACCAUGUGUCCACAUCUCCGGAAAGGGUGAAGCAGGUGCCCCAAGAAACUGUGGGGGUCUCACCCAUUAACACAAAGAUGGGUCUGCCAACAUCUUCUGUCCAUCAAAGGAUUCCUGCCUUCAUGCAAAAGACCAUCCAGCCAGAGAAAACACAAUGGAAGUCAAUGCCUUCCCUCCCUGUUAUGCAUUCUGCCUCUGCCCAAACAUAUAAAAAUAAGGAGAUGGGAAAAGUGUUGGAGGGAAAUGGGCCUCAAAGCCCAAUGCUGAAGGUGCAGCAGCAGCCAGGUGGGCUACAGGACACACACAAGGAGCAGGUGAACCAGCUCCAGCAGGAACUAGGGGAGGUGAAACGCACAUGUGAGCACCUGCAGGUGAUGGAGAUAAAGCUCCAGAGGAGGCUGAAAGACAUGGAGAUUGAGAACAGCAGUCUGUCCUGUCAGUGUGAACAGCUGAACAUCUUCCAUGAAGAAUCCUGCAGAAAGCUGAGGAACCUCCGGCAACGCAUCGGCCGUCUCCUGGUCACCAUUGUCCCUACGUUAGACUUGGAAGAGAUUAAUUUGGACAGUGAUGUCAUGGAUAAGAUACUGGACAAGGUCUUGAAUGAGGUCACUGAGGUCUGACUUGGUCUCCAAUGUGGGUGGACUAUGCCCUAUAGAUGCCACACAUUCGAGUUCAUCUAGUAGGCAAAAGGCAAUAUGUCUGUUGACGUGUCUGAAUCUGAGAACUGCACAAAAAUAUGUGAAAUAAAUUCAAAAAUAAGACUGCAUCAUAAGAAUGAUAAUGAACUAAAACCCUGUGUAAGUCCCGUUUUUCUAUAUGACCCUGGGCUGCAGUGGGAUUAAAAAUCAGCCAUGGACUUUCCCCCAUGAUAAAUUUUGCUGGUAUACCAGAUGGCCAGUGCAGCCGUGAUACUACCGAGUAUGGCUGUAUAUCGGUAGCGAUAAGCACUCCAUAGCACAUUUGCUCGAAACAAAUAAAACACAAUCUAACAUUAGAAAAUAUGCACAUUAAGAGUAACAAUAAAAACUAGUAAGUACUUUAUGUUUUCCAAAAAGUCACUGAUAUCAAGUUGGAUGGCUAGAUGAACGGCAUCUCCUCAGGACCACCCCAGCUCUUCCAUAUAUUUAUUAAAUUUUAUCAUCAGUUCACUUAAUGAACUUAAUUAGCUACAUGAGGUGUGCUAGGUGUGUACUGAAUGGUUGCUGGAAAUUGUGGGGUGAUUUUAGCGGAGGUUUUGAAAUGGUUAACAUAACACACUUUGACAGGCAUAAUACACUAAGAUCAUUUAAACAUCAUUUCCUUUGGCUGCCUAAGACUUUCGCACAGUAGCGUAUUUACUUUAGAAUACUGAAUACAAUAAAAAUACAAUUUUUCUGAAAAAUCAUGGUUUAUGGAUUUUCUGUUUCACAAAUCUGUGCUGCAUUGUCCAAUAUUAUUUCAGGGUUCCUGUUUUCAGGUGUUGCGUAAUCAAUGCAGCUGAAGGGUACAUUGUGAUUGUAUAAACAAAAAAUGAUAAUUCAUUAAAGGUUCAUUAAAUGCUG